AUGGAAGGAACACCCUGCGAGGAGCGGAUGGGCUGGUCGCGCCUUCUCUCCCAACGGUCCGUGGUUUCCGUCUUUCCUGGACUACUUGGGCAGGCACGGAAAGUCGCAGAUGACAUCUGGGACGUCUGCCAUCGGAAGGAAUUGCCUGUCAACUCCGAAUUAAUCAUUCUUUGUUCAACAGACAUCGUCAAGUGGAAAAUGGCAAAGUCGUUCCGGCUGUCUGUACUUUAUGCCCUUGGGCUCGCCGCUUCAUCCAUGGCAGGAACAAACAACUACAUCAACCUCUACGACAACCACAACUGCACCACUCCAUUCACUGAAAUGGCAAUCUCCCACAACGAGGCCUGCCUCAACUCCUUGUCUGGUGACAAGCUAGCCAGGGCGAGUUCUGGUGUUUUGAUCGAAAAGGGGUGCUUUAUCCUGGGAUACGAGAAUGCGCAGUGCAACGGCAGCGCUGUCAAUAUGACUUGGACAAACGCCACCGACUGCUUCACUCCUUCCAGGAAUGAUGCGUACUUUGAAGCUUUCCAGUUGAUGAACUGCGACUGA